AUGUCGUGGUUUCUGUUGCUCUCUCUUUGCUCCGUGCUCCGGCUUGCCUCCGCCCACGGCUUUGUCACGGAAGUAGGGAUUGACGGUGCAAUUUACCAAGGGAAUCCUCCGGGACACAACGAAACCGUCAGUCCCAUACGAAUAGUGUCUAGCAAUAGCCCGGUACAGAACACGUCCGACGUCAACCUGGCAUGUGGACUCGACGCACAGAGUGCGCCGAUAGACGUGAGGACACAAACCGGGAGCAACGUGACCUUUGACUGGGUCUCUGGCUCGGGCGGGCAUUGGCCACACGGCGUCGGGCCGAUCCUCACCUACAUGGCUUCCUGUGGCGGCCCGGGCUCCUCCUGCACUGACUUCAACGCAACGGACGGCCAGUGGUUCAAGAUCGACCAGGUUGCCAAGCAGAGCGACGGUACAUGGGUGCAGGCGAACAUCAUGAAUGGCGCAAAUUUCACCGUCAUCCUGCCGAGUGAUCUCAUGCCGGGGCCCUACCUGGUCAGGAACGAGCUUAUCGCCCUGCAAAAUGCGAUGAGCGUAGGCGGCGCAGAGUUCUACCCCUCCUGCACGCAGCUGAACAUCGUCGGCGACGGCACGAUGGUGCCCUCGCCAAACGACACAGUGUCGCUCCCAGGGGCGUACGCAGCCACUGACCCUGGAAUACACGUCGACGUCUACGACAACCCAGACGCACCGUACGUCUUCCCAGGCCCACCCAUCGCGACGUUCGUCCCACAGACAACUAUGGGUGUGCCCACUCUGACUCAAAGUCAGCCUGAUGCACCGGCGGAGGCACCGGCAGAGGCACCGGCGGAGGCACCCGUGAGUACUCCUACCGAUCCUCCUCCAUCAGCGGCCAGCCCCACAGACAAUUUCAACAACGGGGAAAUGGCGGUACUGAUUGUUCCCGGGGUGGGGUCCCCAAACGUCCGCCGCCACACUCUGGUGAUCGAUCCACGUUGGUCGCGAUGA